GUCAACUGUCAAGUCAAUAGUCAAUAUUUUUUGUCAAAUGUUAUGGAUCAUUUCAUUUAUGUUGAAUAUUGAUGUUAUAAACGUUUAUUAGGGUAUUUUUUUACUUGGAGUUGUGGAUUUUUGUUACAGUAAUAAUUUUAAGGAUUAACUUUUUCAUGAAGCCACUGAAACUUUAUUGCUUCUGAAAUUAUAGUUUCACACCUGACAACUAAUCAGAAAUCGAUUUGAUAUUCCGUACACAAAAAUGACUAUCAGAAGGCAAACUGAUCCAAUUAAUCUAAAAAGAAUUUGGAAUGCCAUUAGAACAGCCAAUCAACAAAAACUAUCACCAGAUUUGACGAGGAUUUCAAAAUAUUUGCAGAUCGAUUAUACUCCUGCACAAGUGGAACUUUAUAUUAAACAAGCUCUUGCUGAUAAACUUAUAGCGCCAACCAAAGGUACAUACCAGAGUUAUAAAAUACCUUUACAAGAAGAAUUGCCACCUCUAGAUGGAAAAGAUUGGUACUGUUUUGAAUGUCACUUGGCAGGUGAUGUGACAGAAUGCAACAAUUGUGUUCGUGUAUUUCAUCAAGACUGUCUGACAGGCGCUCGAAAGAAGUUCGAAUCACAAAGAGGAAUUAUGAAUUUUAACAUAAAAAAAAUUGCUAAUAAAACGCCAAUGCCAUUAAACAGCACUGAAUCAGUAACCAUAAUAGACGAUGACGACUUAAUAAAUAUACCAACCACAAAUGGCACAGAUCCAACUACAGUCGAUAGUCAUAGUUCAUCAAAUAACAUAACAAAUAAUACUGCAACCAUUGACAAAAGUACGUUGACAUAUGAUGAAAGUUUGUGCUCGAUGUGCAAUGUCAAAAAAAUAGAUACAACAUCUGAUAUGGAUAAAAAUGAAAUUAAUUAUUUGUUAAAAUUUGUUUUAAACAGAAUUAGGGCUUGGUUGCCUAAUACAAUAACUCAAACUUUGGCAGCUGAAGAUACUCCUGAUUGGCUUUCGGCCACUGAAAUGACUUGGAGGGCUAAUCAACUGUUUUGUGAACAUACUGACAUGUCAGUGAUCGAAGUUAAAUUAAAUACUGAGACAUAUUCUAUGUUUGCCGAUUUCUUAGCUGAUGUUUUGACUAUCCAUCAUAAUGUAGCCAUAUUUCAUGGAACUGAAUCACAAGAAUAUGGAGCAGCGGAACUUAUGGUAAGGGAUACUAAUCAUGAUAUAAAUGAGAUGAGGAACUGUGUAGAUUGUUAUAAACACAGCAAUGAAAAAUUGCACCCAAAAUGGUUCUGUUUGCCAUGUAGAAACCCUCACGAAUUAGUUUGGGCUAAACAGAAAGGAUACCCAUAUUGGCCUGCUAAGGUUAUAAAAGUGAGCGAUACACAUUAUGAUGUAAGAUUUUUUGGAGGAAAAUAUGAAAGAUCUUUGCUGCAGAAAAUGUAUAUAAAACCCAUAGAUACUCCUAAAGAUAGCCUUAUGAUAAAGCCCUCGACGGCUUUCAAUAAAGCUUUCGAGGAACUUAGAUACCAUCAAAAAUUGCUGAAUGAUCCUAGUGAAGUAGAAAUGUUUUUAGCGCAGUCAAAGACCAAGCGAAAAUCUUUUCCGAAGUCUAAUGCUCUUCCGAAAACACCCAAAACCCCGAACAAGACUCCUAAAAAAAGUCCUAAUAAAAGCCUUAAAAAAACGCCAAGUAACAGUGUGGGGAAAAAGGGUAAACAUAUUUCCACUUCAACGCCAAUUAAUCCUUCUCAAGAGCCAGAGUUUUCUUCAAGUUGCAGUUCUUCCAAAAGAAAGCAAAGUGAUCGUGAUAAUGACUGCAUUUCUGUUGAUGAUACCGAAGACAAAAGAAGAAAAGAAUCUUUAGACGACGUGGCUAAUUCUACUUAUCCAGGCAACAAUGUGAUAGAUAUAUCUGAUGGCGAGGAAGAAGAGUGCACGGAAUACUCUUAUAGGCAUAAUGAAUCAUGUUUGGCCGAGUCUUAUGAACAAGUGACUAGUUCUACGGAAACUUUUGGGAAAUUGUUAUCGCCCAGAAGCGAAUCUGGAAUGCAACCAUUGGACCAACCUUAUAGUGAUUCUGUGGAAAAGAUGAGAAGAAAAUUGGAGUGCCUUCCUAACAAAAAGGAAAUUAUAAAAUGCGCAAUGGACUGUAUGCAGAUUGAAAUUGAUAAAAUAACAAAUGAUCACAAUGAACAUUUGAAAAGACUGUUUGAAUCGCAUAAUCAACAAAUUUCCGAAACCAAGAAAAAACAAUGGUGUUACAACUGCGAACAGGACGCCAUAUACCAUUGUUGCUGGAAUACUGCAUAUUGUUCACAAACUUGCCAGCAGCAGCAUUGGCAAGCUGAACAUAAAAAAGUUUGUCGUCGCAAGCGUUAGAAGUAGAUUAAGUAAAAAAUCUAAUUAGACUUAAUGGGUUUUAAAAAAAAUACUGUAAAAAUUUACAAAAUAACUUUAACAUUUUGAGACUUAACGGUAUACCGAUAUUUCGAAUAAGUUAAUAAAUGUUUUUCAAAAUUUAAAUGCUACAUAUGACUGAGACAGACUUUUGGAAAAGUCAAAUUUUAGUAUUUUUUUUGUUUUUUUUUUCCAUAUCAUAUUAGGAAUUCCAACCUUUAUUAGUUUUACUUUAUUUUGAUUUUCUUUUUUUUUUUUUUUUCGUUUUAUUGUACAAAACUGUUGUUUGUGUAACUCAAAAGGAGUAGUUUUAUUUGAUUUUACCUAUGGAGAAUGAAAAAUAAAGUAUUUAUGCUCAA